CGGGGGACGAGAAUGGAGGUCUCUACGCCCCACUUUGACAGAGCGGGAGGGGUGGGAGCGACCCUUCUCCUCCUCCUGGGGCGCCGCCGCCGCCGCCGCCGCCACUCCCCUCGCAGGCUGUCACUCGGGACGAGGAGACGAGCCGGAGGGGCGGGACAGGACGAUCGGCGCCUCUUCUUAAUGCACCUGGCCGGGAAUCCCCCAGCGGGGAGAAGUAAGCGGCGGCGCCACUCGUAGCAGGGCUGGCGGGGAUCGGUUACGACUAGGAGCGAAAAGAUGCCCGCGGUAGCACAUGCAGUUCGGGUUGGCUCAAUCGGCCCUCCGGCCGUCGCCCUGCGGGGGCCUGUGGCCAAAGAGCCUGGCUGUCGUCUUUAGCGGCGCCCAGAUCGGGGGCUCCAGGGCAGCCGUCGCGUUCGCGCCCACCGUACUGCAUGCCUGCCCUGUGCCCCGCGCUCCACUAUGGGGAGUCCCUUCUGGCACCUCGUGUUGCUGGGCUGCUCUGCAGGAUUGAGUAGUAUUCUUGGAACUGGGUCUCGCUGUGAGAAAGCAUGCAAUCCUCAAAUGGGAAACCUAGCUCAUGGACGUAAAUUGUGGACGGAUACUACAUGUGGAUACAACUUCACAGAAUUAUACUGUUCCUACAGUGAAAAUACAGACUUCCUAUGCAAGUGGCCUAAGUGUAGCAAAUGCAAUUCUAUGAAUACACAUCUGGCUCAUCCAUCUUCUGCCAUGGUUGAUUCAUCUUUUAGAUUACCACACACAUGGUGGCAAUCAGCACAAGGAGUACAGACGGAGAAGAUCCAGCUCAAUUUGGAAACUGAAUUUUAUUUCACUCAUUUGAUCAUGAUAUUCAAGUCACCGAGACCAGCAGCCAUGGUCCUAGAGCGAUCUCAGGAUUUUGGAAAAACUUGGAAGCCAUAUAAGUAUUUUUCCAUCAACUGCUCAGCAAUCUUUAGGUUGGAUGAUGAUGUAACUAAGAAAGAGGCACUUUGCACUUCAAGAUACUCCAGCCAUUUCCCCUGCACUGGAGGAGAGGUUAUAUAUCGAGCUCUGUCACCUCCAAACUCUGCUGAUGACCCUUACAACCCUAAAAUUCAGGCACAGUUGAAAAUCACAAACCUUCGAGUGCAACUGCUAAAGCGGCAAUCCUGCCCAUGUCACAGCAAUGAUCUGAAUGCAAACCCACCACAGCUAACUUAUUACGCAGUCUAUGAUUUUAUUGUGAAGGGGAGCUGUUUUUGCAAUGGCCAUGCAGAUCGCUGUGCACCUAUUAAAGGUUUUAGGCCUGUCAAAGCAGCAGGAGUCUUCCACGUGCUCCAUGGGAGAUGCAUUUGUAAACAUAAUACUGCAGGAACUCAUUGUCAGUAUUGUGCCCCUCUUUACAAUGACCAGCCCUGGCAUGCUGCAAAUGGCCAAACAGGAGCUCCAAAUGGAUGCAAAUCUUGUAAAUGCAAUGGGCAUUCUGACACUUGUCACUUUGAUAUGGACACAUGGCUGGCAUCAGGGAAUCAAAGUGGGGGCCUUUGUGACAACUGUCAACAUAAUACUGAAGGACAGCAUUGUGAACGCUGCAAGCCAGGCUAUUAUCGAGAUCUCAGAAAGGUUUUUUCUGCUCCAGACACCUGCAAAUUGUGCUCUUGCAACCCCAUUGGAUCAGCUGUGCUUCCUUUUAGCAACAGCACAUUCUGUGACCCUAACAAUGGUGAUUGUCCCUGCAAACCUGGCGUGGCUGGUCCUCAGUGUGAUCGGUGUAUGGUAGGAUACUGGGGAUUUGGAUAUUAUGGCUGUCAACCAUGUGAUUGUGCAGGAAGUUGUGAUUCAAUCAAUGGAGACUGCAUCAACAGCAAUGCAGACAUAGAGUGGUACCAUGAAAUUCCUGGUCUCUAUUCUGCACGUAACAAGAGUGAAGCAGCAUGGCAAUGGGAGGAAGAACAAGGAUAUUCUGCUCUUCGACAUUCAGGCAAGUGUGAAUGUAAAGACCAAGUUUUGCAAAAUUUUAAGAUCUUUUGUGCUAUGAAAUAUACUUAUGUGGUAAAGGCAAAGAUUUUGUCUGCUCAUGAUAAAGGGUCUCAUGCUGAGGUCAAUGUGAUGAUCCAGAAAGUACUGAAAUCUACAAAACUGAAGAUUUUCCAUGGAAAACAGAUUCUUUACCCAGAAUCAUGGACUACCAGAGGUUGUACCUGCCCAAUACUUAAUCCCGGUUUGAAAUAUCUUGUGGCGGGAUAUGAAGAUAUUCAUACAAGCAGACUGAUAGUCAAUAUGAAAAGCAUUGUUCACCAGUGGAAAUCAGCUCUGGGGAAAAAGAUCUUACAGAUUUUUAAAAAAUGUGGCUGAAAAGGGCACUUGUUUAUGUAUAAAAACAUACAUGUAAAACUUUAUGAACAACCUCUGAGAUUAAAACUGGAAUGUGAGCAGUGGUGGGAUUCAAAUAUGUGAACAAUCGGUUCUCUGUGUGGAUGCUGCUUCUGGAAGUCCAUUCUGGGCCUGGGCAACAAAAAAUUAGCUACCGGUUCUGCCGAAGUGGUGUGAACUGGCUGAAUCCCAUCCUGAAUGUGAGGGAACAGUGCCAAAUGUAGUAUUAAAAAACUUUAAUUCAUAGCUCAUUCACCUUGACUCAAAACACCUCAUUUCAGAUUGUAGAAAUAGUUGGAACUCUCUUACAUAAUCCCCGUUUUCUAUGCAAUAGGAUGAAAAGUAUGAACUAAAUGUAACAAUCCACAACUGGGAUAAUAAGAUAUACAUCCACUUCUGCAUUUCUGCAGCUCUAGCAUUUCCAUUUUAUCAACAAACAUCAGUUUAGUGUGAUCAAAGAAUUUUGUGAACGGAAUUUCCUCACAGUUUUUUUCUGGACUGGCCCAAGAUAACUUAGAAGUAAAAUCCAUUAAUUUGGCAGAAUUUGCCUUAUCAUUACUUCCUUAAAGUUCUCAUAAUCAAUAUAGAUUUAAUAUCCGAUUUAAAUGUUUUAUUUAAGCCAUAGAGAAAUGUAUGGAUAAGAUUCAAAAUAACUGAGUUAUUUAAAAGUUGAAGCUUUCAUUUUCUUCUUUGGAAAUAUGUAUAUACACUUGCAAUGGAUAAAGUAAUUGCUGUUAUUUAUACUGUUGUAAUGAACAAGAUUAACUGAAUGCUACAUUAGUGUAUUGCAAUCAUAAAGGAGAAUUUGGUUAGGUUUAUAUUCGGGUUUCUGUAGAUAUAAAUGGAAAUUACCAAUAUAUUAAUGCUCAAAUUUAUAAAAGCAGUACAUAGAAUCUCCACUGAAGUAGAAAAGAAUGGUGACUCAAAUUGGUUAAAUCAAUAGCUCUGGGGGGGGGGGUGCGGGAUGUUACAAUCAUGAGCACUUCAGACAAGAAAUGAAAAUGGAAUCUAUCCCUUUAGCAGAAUUUUGACUUCAGAUAUUUUAUGUAUGAAGCACCUUAUUAUUUGCCCCCUUCCAGUGAGAGCAAUCUAAUAUUGUGGAGCAGGGACAGCACAAGAGAAAAGAUGUGGGAACAGAAUCUUGCUAGCCCUACUAGGAUAGUUGCUUUCCUUGUAACAGCAAAAGCCAUUCAGGAAAGCUAAAGAUAACUUGUGAAAAAAUAUAUUUACAGUGGAGCCCCAACUUCAAAUAAUAAUUUGAUUUGCUUGAUACCAGUUAUGAUGAGGCUUCAUAAACAUAAAAAAAGAAAGUUCAUGAAAAAUGUGGUGAAAUUGCCUAGCAUUAUGCUGGACUUAGUUUCUAGUUUUGUAAUAUUUAGACUUAAACUGUCUUCUUAAAUUGUCAUCUUUUGCUUCUACAUACAGUGUACAUACCGUAUAUGCCGGCGUAUAAGGCGACUUCCGCAAGCGUUAAAAUCGGCGCCAAAGACGGUUGUCUUAUACGCCGAGUCGUCUUAUACGCCGGAAAUACUGGUAGUUUCUGGCGUAUAAGACGAUGUUCUAGGAAUGCGACUCAGCGACAAAGACGGGGGUCGUCUUAUAUGCUGGGUCGCCUUGUACGCCGGCAUAUACGGUACCCUUCCAAAAUUGAGUAUAUUUUAUAUAUCAAGAACGUCAUCACUGGUGUCUACACUGUUCUGCUAGCACAAACACAAGCACUAACAUAUCCUAUUUAUGUGAACAUAUAAAAAGUAAAGGCAAAGGCACCAUACAGUGCAAACAAAACAGCCAUCCUUGGCUUAUCUGUUAUUUUUUAUUGUGAUCCUAUGGAUUCUCAAAAAUAAUGCUUUUUUAAAUGUUGUUUUUCUAUUUUAUGUAUAUAAUAAAUAUGUUACAAUUCUAAA